AAUAUACUAUUAAAAUUAUAAAAUUUUUAUUUAAAAUCGCUUAUAUAUAGAAAUAUCUUACUAAUGAAAUAAGCUUAUUGUGAUGAUUGGUUCAUAAUUAAUCAAAAUGCAUUUGUUCAUUGAUUUGUAGUUAACGUUGCUCCACAAUAUUUUGUAAAAUUUUAUCAGUAAACUAUGGUUAAUAUUUGUAUAGAUAUAUUUCAGUUGACAAAUCACGAACGACAGAUUGUCCCGUGACUACCCUAGAUUCCGGCUUUUGCAAUGUUCGAUGGAGAGCCAUAAGAUAAUUGCUAUCUCACAAUAUAGGGGAGUAGCACAAGAAUUUCACGAUCCCGUCUAUAUUCUCAAUAAACAGAAUAAAAAAUGGAGCGCCGUAGUAAAUGAAUUGUCGAUCAUAAAUUCUCAUGCUCCCUUAUAAUAAAACCUAGAACUACCUUAAUUAAAAUAAUUAUUUACUCGAAGACACACACAUCCUGCCUUACCAAGAAUAUUUAAGUUUCGAAGUAUCUACACAAUGAUUAGAGACUAAAAAAAUAAAGAAAAAGAAAUGUCAUUGUUUGUCGCAUGACGGUGCAUCAUAUAUUAAUAAUAACCGAACAGAAAUAAAAAUUCAAACAGAAUGGCAAAUUCUUCUAGAUUGUUAGAUAUAGUUUUAAAAUACAAAGAAAAAAAUAAUUUCUAUUCACAAAGGAAAAAAUAUACAUGACAGGCAAAAGAUGAGACGGAGACAAUAAUCGAAGUCUUAGUUUUUAUACGCUACAUUUGCCAAGUUAGUUCCGAUUCAUCGCGACCGACAUGAGAGAAAUAAAUUUCGAAAACGUGAAUCUUCUAAAUAAUCGAGCAAACAUGCUCUCAGGGAAUCUAUUACCGAUGACAGCUGAUGAUUCAUUUCCGAUAUUCUGGCGUAUAUAUAGAGCCAUUGUCUGGUCAAUAGAAUUGAUUCACGCGAUUGGGCUAAUCGCCGGAUUAAUCGUAACUCCAAAGGAGAAAGCUUUGAAAGACGGUAUUAUCUCCGUCGUCGUCAUAACGGAGGCAACUUUCUUGCUCGCGGGUAUUUACACGCGCAAAAAGUUAACAAUGCAAGUGAUAGGAAAGAUGAAUGACAUCCUGCGAACUGCGAACGAGAUUAUGAUGGACAUCGUGAAAACGACACUGAAACCAAUAAUUAUCCCAUUUAUAAUUUAUGGGGUGGCCAGCGUGAUAUCGGUCACUAUAUGGACCAUACAUCCGAUUGUAUUGGUUUUCGAGAAGAGUACCUUUUACUACGUGGAUUACAAUUUGCCAGCAGCUUUCAGCCCCGAACCGUUUUCAGUUCGCGUUCUAAUUCCAUCGACUAUCAUUAUGACAAUGGGUGCCGUCUAUUUGUUCCUGAGAAAAUACAGCUUGGACGUGUACAUGAUGCAUCUGGUAUUGAUGUUAACUGCGCAAUAUCGAUAUACAGCAAUAAAAUUGGCAUUAUUAUGUCGGAAUUCGCAACAGGAUAGUGAUAACUCUCGAAAAAAAAGUCAUCCUUUGACAGAUUUAUGGGCGGAAAAAGAACUGAAAGCGUUAUGUCGGCAUCAAAAUAAUGUUUUGUUGUACGUAUUUUUGCAGUAA